AUGGCACCGGCGGCGCAAGAUCGCAGAAAAUUACAUACUGUCACUACCACAAUACGCAAGCAACAUGGGAGUGAGGCUGCAACUGCGGAUGAUACCUUGGAUACUACCAAUGGCGCAGCGAAGGAGUCAUCGCCGUCCAAGACAACAGACUCGUACCGCAGUAGUUCAGCCUUCAACUGGCCAUCUGCCACACCUGACGUGCACGUUACCCGCCACUUUCUUAUCCCUCAAAGACAAGGUAUUAUACCUGGUAUACGCUACGCACUACAUGUUGACAACGCUUCACCCUCAAGUCCCCAUUCACUUCGACCUUCCCAUGACGUAACGUCAACAGUACCGAUGAUGCUACUGACAUCUGCACCUCCACCCCCCCGCCACUCGAAAUACCCCCGCAUCUCGCCUCCGGGAUUUCUCUAUCCAGAAGAGAUCGUACCGCAUACAGCUAUAUCAGCACAAACCUCGAAUCCACUGCAAUAUCAAGAUUCUGUUCGGCACAACAAGAGCCCGUAUCAUUCGGACAUUAUGAGCCAAAUGGACUACAAACUGUCGUACCUACCCACAGACUACAAGUUACUCUUCGUUGGUACGCUGGCUAUCAUGGUACUAGGAGUCGUGUGGGCAGUUAUGGUUUGGGUGGUUAAUGCGUGGAUGGACAUGAAGAGUGUAACAAACAAAGGAAAAACAACCAGGAAGAGGAGAGCAAAGAGCAUGGGUGAAGAGAAGAGACCGAUUGACAAAGUGAGCAAGUACCCGCAUCCACAUGGCGGUAGCGACGAGACAUGGGUUGACACGACAACGAAUAUGGACAUGGACAGUGCUAGCGCUGUCACGUCGGCAGCCCAGGUCCCAUUCUCGUAUCUGGGAAAGAACGGGCAUAUUGGUGGGAACACUGAGAUGAAGUACAGACCCCGAAACAGGACAUCUCAGUUCAACCGUCCGCGGAGCCGGCCAAUUCACACCGAAGCUCGAGAUCGCACACACACUUUUCACCGCCGCAUACUCUCCCCGCCAUCAGCAAACCCACGAUCCAACCAUCCGCCUACUCCAACAGUCCGCGCUCGGCACUCUCCGACUCCGUCCGUGGCCUCAUCGCCAGUGAAUCCUUUCCUAGAUCCAUCUCCCAACGGCCCUCUUCAACCAGGUACAGGCGGCGUACUAGUAAAGCGUACUUCUUCGGAGUGGAAGACUGAACGAGCAGCCUUCUUCGACACCAAGACUGCGACUUCAACCCCAGUGUCAAGAUCAGUAUCUCCAGCGCCGAGUCCCAUCAACGACCAUAGCAGUGAGACGUUUGAGCUUGAUAUUGCUGAUACAGAAGCCUUGGAAGCGGCCACAGCACCUCUGACGGGUCGGAGGCGGCCACAGUCUGACUUUAAUCCUUCAUUUACUGGAAGUGGUCUAGUUGAGAAGAGCAAGAGUUGGAUUGAUGAAGGUGUAGGGUUUGUAGAUGGCGCUGUUAGUGCUCUUGCUGCGCAGAUAGGGAGAUGGACGGACGACGAUGGCGGUGAUGAGUCGCUAUUGUUGCCUUACACAAGGCAGGGGAGAGAGAGGGGGGUGAGUGUCGCAUAA